AAGAACUAGGAGCAAACUGGCGCGCCGGCAGAACGCCGUUGUGCAGGCGCAGAUUUAAGAUCGCGCCAGAUGGAAUGAAAAAGCAAGGAGCAGAAGAUGGGUGGGAGCCCACUGCGCUUUUAAAAAGCUGCAUGUCUGCUUAGAGAACACACAAAUCCUGGCACACAAAGCAGUAGCACCCGAGGGAGGCGAACUCCCGCGUUUCACACCUGCUUCUCGCCCGCUGCGCACGCGCUUCACCCUCGCCCAGUGCGCACACGCUUCACCCUCGCCCAGUGCGCACGCGCGUUGCUACCCGCCGGACCCCGCAGGCGCGGUGAAUCGAACGUCGAGCACGGCGGCGGGCGGUGUGGAGUGCUGAGCGGCCUCACCCCCAACCGUCGGCCCAGUAGGACGGUUCCGAGGCGUUGCCCGGCGCCGGGAGCGGCUCUGCCUGGACUCGGAGAAACGCGGGGCAUCUGCCUGAGCCCACUUUUCUACAAGAUGUGGGGAUUUUUGAAGCGCCCUAUAGUGGUGACGGCUGACAUCAACUUGAGCCUCGUGGCCCUGACUGGGAUGGGGUUACUGAGCCGGCUGUGGCGACUCACGUACCCGCCGGCUGUGGUUUUUGACGAAGUGUAUUAUGGGCAGUACAUCUCUUUUUACAUGAAACGAAUCUUCUUCUUGGAUGACAGUGGGCCGCCAUUUGGCCACAUGGUGCUGGCCUUGGGAGGUUAUUUAGGAGGAUUCGAUGGCCAUUUUUUGUGGAACAGAAUUGGAGCAGAAUACAGUAGCAACGUGCCCGUGUGGUCCCUGCGCCUGCUGCCAGCGCUUGCGGGGGCCUUGUCUGUCCCCAUGGCCUACCAGAUAGUGCUGGAGCUCCACUUUUCUCAUUGUGCCGCCAUGGGAGCUGCUCUGUUGAUGCUUAUCGAGAAUGCUCUCAUCACUCAGUCAAGGCUAAUGCUUUUGGAAUCAGUGUUAAUAUUUUUUAAUCUAUUGGCCGUGUUGUCCUACCUGAAGUUCUUCAAUUGCCAAAAGCACAGCCCUUUUUCUCUGAGCUGGUGGUUCUGGCUAACACUGACAGGGGUUGCUUGUUCCUGCGCAGUGGGCAUCAAGUACAUGGGUAUGUUCACAUACGUGCUCAUGCUGGCGGUUGCAGCUGUCCAUGCCUGGCACCUAAUUGGAGACCAGACUUUGUCCAACGUCUGUGUGUUCUGUCACUUGCUUGCCCGAGCAGUGGCUUUGCUGGUCAUCCCGGUCGUCCUGUACUUACUGUUCUUCUACGUCCAUUUGAUUCUGCUCUUCCGCUCUGGGCCCCACGACCAAAUCAUGUCCAGUGCCUUCCAGGCCAGCUUAGAGGGAGGACUAGCUCGGAUCACCCAGGGUCAGCCGCUGGAGGUGGCCUUUGGGUCCCAGGUCACUCUGAGGAACGUCUUUGGGAAACCUGUGCCCUGCUGGCUGCAUUCCCACCAGGACACCUACCCCAUGAUAUAUGAGAACGGCCGAGGCAGCUCCCACCAGCAGCAGGUGACCUGUUACCCCUUCAAAGACGUCAAUAACUGGUGGAUUGUAAAGGAUCCCGGGAGGCACCAGCUGGUGGUGAGCAGCCCUCCGAGACCCGUGCGGCACGGGGACAUGGUGCAGCUGGUCCACGGCAUGACCACCCGCUCCCUGAACACGCAUGAUGUUGCAGCCCCUCUGAGUCCCCAUUCACAGGAGGUCUCCUGCUACAUUGACUAUAAUAUCUCCAUGCCCGCCCAGAACCUCUGGAGACUGGAAAUUGUGAACAGAGGAUCCGACACAGACGUCUGGAAGACCAUCCUCUCAGAGGUCCGCUUUGUGCACGUGAACACUUCUGCGGUCUUAAAGCUAAGCGGGGCUCACCUCCCUGACUGGGGGUAUCGGCAGCUGGAGAUCGUCGGGGAGAAGCUGUCCCGGGGCUACCACGAGAGCAUGGUGUGGAACGUGGAGGAGCACCGAUACGGCGCGAGCCAGGAGCAGAGGGAGCGGGAACGGGAGCUGCACUCACCUGCGCAGGUGGACGUCAGCAGGAACCUCAGCUUCAUGGCGAGAUUCUUGGAGCUGCAGUGGAAGAUGCUGGUGCUGAGAAGCGAUGACUCGGAACACAAGUAUAGCUCCAGCCCGCUGGAGUGGGUCACCCUGGACACCAAUAUCGCCUACUGGCUGCACCCCAGGACCAGCGCUCAGAUCCACCUACUUGGAAACAUAGUGAUCUGGAUUUCAGGCAGCCUCGCCCUGGCCAUCUACGCCCUGCUGUCCUUGUGGUACCUGCUCCGACAGCGAAGAAACGUCCAUGACCUCCCUCAGGAUGCCUGGCUGCGCUGGGUGUUGGCUGGGGCGCUGUGUGCUGGUGGCUGGGCAGUGAACUACCUCCCGUUCUUCCUGAUGGAGAAGACACUCUUCCUCUACCACUACCUGCCCGCACUCACCUUCCAGAUCCUUCUGCUCCCUGUCGUCCUGCAGCACAUCAGCGACCACCUGUGCAGGUCCCAGCUCCAGAGGAGCGUCUUCAGCGCCCUGGUGGUGGCCUGGUACUCCUCCGCAUGCCAUGUGUCCCACACGCUGCGCCCACUCACCUACGGGGACAAGUCACUCUCGCCACAUGAACUCAAGGCCCUUCGCUGGAAAGACAGCUGGGACAUCUUGAUCCGAAAACACUAGAACAAGAGCGUGGCAAAGAACACCCGAGCUGGGGUCGGGACAAGGUCGAAGGGUCUUGGUCAGUGUAGUUAACAAGCAGGGUGGGCCCUGCACUGGGAGGACAUGGGCCGGGCUCAUCAGGGCCUCUACUGGAACGCGUGGGGGUCUCAUUCUUGAAAAGCCCUCUGAUGAGCACCUCCUUUUGUGCAAAGUUCAUUUUUUCUCAACAAUGAAGAUGUUCCCUCCGUGUUUUCACCCCUGAGCUAAGACACAGGGAGUAUUUCAGCGGCCAGUGUAGGAGUCAUCGAUGAAGAAAAGCCGAGAACCCAAGGCCAGCAGUGGAGCAAGUGGCCUCAGCAGACCGGGGCCUGGUCCUUGCUAACCGCUGCAGGGUGGAGUUUGAUCUGGCAGACCCGAUCCUCCUUCAUGAACACCCAGCAACCUGAGCAAGUCCCAGCCCUGCCCUGAGUGAGCCUGGCAGGUGUCCCGGGACAGGCGUCCAGGAGGGCCGCCUGAACAGUGAGCCGGGGCUGGGGCUUGCGAGUCAUUCUCUGUGACAGCAUCAAGACUGGCCCUCCGCACCAUGCUGUGUGGAAACCCUCCUGAGCCUGCCGAGACGGGGCUGAGUGAAAUCUUCCUCAGUGGUCAAGGUGUGUGUCAUCCAUACAGCUCCUUGCCUUUACUUUGUCUUUUUAAAUAAUUUAAAAAGGGACAAACUGGCA